AUGGAACUGCCCAGCAGGUUACAGAAGCAAACACCUACGCCUUACUCGACUUCUGACAAUGACCUGGAGAAUCACACAACUGAUCCAACAGAGUUGUACUUGGCCAUUUUCGCAUGUGGCAGUUUUUAUCUAAUCCUGGCACUCUGGAUACUAUACACAUCGUAUUGCACCACGCAGAAUGAGAAUCAAGACCCCGAUGAUAUCUAUGAACAAUCAAUUCGCCAAACCAUAGCAGACAAGCUAAACGAGCUUCAAGAGGCAGCCCCUAUAGAGCUCCUAGGUUCCUGGCUGAUAUCGACGCGACCUGCCGAAGUUCCGUAUUUCCAGUACAACAGCAUCACAUGCCCCAUCUGUUUAGAUCCGGUCCUUAGACAUCAUCCAGUUCAUACUCUGCGGUGUCGUCAUGUUUUCCAUGAUCUUUGCCUUGAAAGAUGGUUUUUAAGGGAUCAGAAUAGCUGCCCACUGUGCCAGAUGGCUUUAGUAGAGGUCUGUGACAUAUGCCAGGACUGGGCCGUGUGA